GAUUCUUUCCUUCCGCCUCCCUCAACAGAAACCACUUCUCUCAUUAACCCUAAUUCACACCCUUUGCAUCUGCGAAACUCGAUCUACAGAUCUCUCCAAGCUCCCAAUCUCCAACAGGGAGAUUCGAAAGAUGGUGUCCGACGCUAGCAAGAAGAAGGCUCUCCAGAAGAAAGCCGCCGCCGCCGCCAAAAGAGGCGGUAAAGCCGCCGCCGCUAAAGCCGCCGCCUCUUCUUCAAACGGAGCUGAUAGCUUGUCGAGCGGCGUCGAUGCUCUUCAGAUAUCCGACCGGACCUGUACCGGAAUCCUCUGCUCUCAUCCUCAGUCCAGAGAUAUUCGUAUUGAAUCUCUGUCUGUUACGUUUCAUGGUUACGACCUGAUUGUUGAUUCGAUGCUGGAGCUUAACUACGGGAGACGCUACGGUCUCCUCGGGCUGAACGGUUGUGGGAAGUCUACUCUCUUAACCGCGAUUGGACUCAGAGAGCUUCCGAUUCCUGAUCACAUGGACAUCUACCAUCUCUCCCACGAGAUUGAAGCCACCGACAUGACUUCUCUCGAGGCUGUCAUGAGCUGUGACGAGGAGAGGUUGAAGCUGGAGAAGGAGAUUGAGACUCUUGUUGAGCAGGAUGAUGGAGGCGGAGAGCGUCUUGACACGAUCUAUGAGCGGUUAGAAGCCAUGGAUGCUUCGACGGCGGAGAAGCGUGCUGCUGAGAUUCUGUUUGGUCUUGGUUUCGACAAGGAGAUGCAGGCUAAGAAGACUAAGGACUUUUCUGGUGGGUGGAGGAUGAGGAUUGCGUUGGCGAGAGCUCUCUUCAUUAUGCCUACUAUCCUUUUGCUUGAUGAGCCCACAAAUCAUUUAGAUUUGGAAGCUUGUGUCUGGUUAGAGGAGAGCCUGAAGAACUUUGACCGUAUCCUCGUCGUGGUCUCCCACUCGCAGGAUUUUUUGAACGGAGUCUGCACCAACAUCAUCCACAUGCAAAGCAAGCAGCUAAAGUACUACACCGGUAACUUCGACCAGUACUGCCAGACACGUUCCGAGCUAGAAGAGAAUCAGAUGAAACAGUACAGAUGGGAGCAGGAGCAGAUCUCCCACAUGAAGGAGUACAUCGCCCGGUUCGGUCACGGUUCAGCCAAACUCGCCCGCCAAGCGCAGAGCAAGGAGAAGACUUUGGCCAAGAUGGAGAGAGGUGGGCUCACGGAGAAGGUGGCGAGAGACAGUGUCCUCGUUUUCCGAUUCGCCGACGUCGGAAAGCUUCCACCGCCGGUGCUUCAGUUUGUGGAAGUCUCGUUUGGGUACACUCCGGACUACCUUAUAUACAAGAACAUCGACUUUGGUGUUGAUUUGGACUCGAGGGUGGCUCUUGUUGGGCCUAAUGGAGCUGGGAAGAGUACUCUCUUGAAGCUCAUGACUGGCGAGCUGCAACCAACUGAAGGAAUGGUGAGGCGUCACAACCACUUGAAGAUUGCUCAGUACCAUCAGCAUCUAGCUGAGAAGCUGGACCUUGAAGUGCCUGCGCUUAUCUACAUGAUGAACGAGUUUCCGGGUAACGAAGAGGAGAAGAUGAGAGCUGCUGUUGGUAGGUUUGGUCUGACCGGUAAGGCGCAAGUGAUGCCGAUGAAGAAUCUGUCUGAUGGGCAGAGGAGCCGUGUGAUAUUCGCGUGGCUGGCUUAUAAGCAGCCUAACAUGCUUUUACUGGAUGAGCCGACUAAUCAUUUGGAUAUUGAGACGAUUGAUUCUCUUGCUGAGGCGUUGAACGAGUGGGAUGGUGGUUUGGUUCUGGUGAGUCACGACUUCAGGUUGAUUAACCAAGUGGCUCAUGAGAUAUGGGUGUGUGAGAAGCAGUGCAUCACUAAAUGGAAUGGUGAUAUUAUGGACUUCAAGAAGCAUCUCAAGGCUAAAGCUGGGCUUGAAGACUGAGGAUGAAGUCAAGUCAGAAGACUUGAUUGGGUCACAGGGCUAGAGAGUGAAGAGGGAUUUUGUUUGGUGAUGGUUUUGAAGCCAACACGUUAAAGAGAGAGGGAGACACCAUACUCGUAAUCUCUGCACUUCUUGCUCAUUUAAGAGGUCAGUGAUUCUUCUAUAUUAGUACUAUAAUCAUCAAUCUGCACUUUUAUUUUUAUUGUUUUGACGUUUUUGGAGGAGAGACAGAUAUGAAAAACGAAAUAUUUUGGUUGUAUUGUAGGAUUUUUUUUUUUUUAAUUAUUAAAAGACUCAGAUGUUGACGA